UGGGCCUUAUUAUUAUAACAAAUUGGGUUUUCUUAUUACGGCCCAUUAAUUGAAACGACUAUUAAGCGUUGCCCUAUUUGCUUGCAAUCCCCGCCGGAACGAAUUAGCAACUAGCAGCAGCAAUGGCGGACGUUGUUCAGUACCGCCUCGAGCGGAUGGUCGACGAGCUUGAUGACCUAGAACGCAGAGGAAUCUUCACUCGUGUAGAGAUUGCAGAGAUCGUUAAGCAGCGCCGUAAGUUCGAGUACCGGCUUAAGCGUCCGAGCCCUCUGAAAGAGGAUUUUUUGGCCUACAUUGACUACGAGUCUAACCUUGAUGAGCUCCGAAACCUGCGGAAGAAGGCGGCGUCGCAUCAGGCUGAUAAGAAGAAGAAGAAGUCGGAUUCUGAUUUCGCCGGCGUACGCAAGAUUGUGGAGGUGUAUAGGCUUGCGACAAGGAGGUAUAAAGGGGAUCUCAAUCUAUGGUUUAAGUAUCUCGAAUUCUGCAAACACAAGUGUAAUCGCAGAAUGAAAGAGGUCUUGGCUCAAGUUAUAAGACUUCACUCUAAAGAAGCUCGAGUGUGGAUAUAUGCUGCGGUGUGGGAGUUUGAUCGAAACUUGAAUGUUGCCUCAGCUCGUGCUCUGAUGCAGAGAGGCUUGAGAGUGUGUUCAAGCUCUCUAGACUUGUGGGUGGAGUAUCUGCGGAUGGAACUCACUUACCUUAACAAGCUGAAAGCUCGUAGAGUUGCCCUUGGUGAAGAGAAAGGAAGUUUGGUGCGUGACGAUAAAACCGUCGAGGAUGAGAAGUGGAAAGACGAAAACAAAGAGCUGUUUAUGUCGCUGGAUGAGGGAGGAGAAGACGACGGCUCUGAUGUUGAGGAUGCGAGUGAGAAAGUUGAUGUCUUUCGGGAAAAGGGAUCUAAUGUGCUUCAGGCCAUUUAUAGUGGAGCCAUCGAGGCUCUUCCAUCUAGUUUCGACUUGAGGAAGCGUUUCUUGGAGAUUCUAGAGGCAACAGAUUUGGCCCACUCAGAUGAAAUCCGCGAUACUAUUCUAAGUGACCUGAAGCGUGAUUUUUCCAAGGACCCUGAAUACUGGAAUUGGCUUGCAAGACAUGAAAUGAGUGGUUGUAUCAGCAAAGAGACGGGCUUAAAGUUUGCGAGUCCUCAAGUGCAAAAGGCCAUUCAGGUUUUUGAAGAGGGCGUACAAACUGUUACCACAAGCGCUAUGUUUGAGAUGUAUAUAAAGUUUUUGAUGGAAGCUACUGAACGGUCUAAUGGCGACGAUGGUGAAGUUUCCCCUUCCUCUGAAGACUGCAUUUCACAUCUCCUAAAUGUGUUCCAAAUGGCUGAUGAAACCGAGUGUUUGACCGAGGAGCUUGCUAAUGAAUACGUUUCUCUGUACCUGAAACUGGGAAAAACCCAUGAAGCUCAGAUGGUAGCAGAAAAACUUUGCUCUGGAAAGUUUGCGGGAUCAGCUAAGUUAUGGCUUUCAAGAGUUUCCAUUGAAACAAGCUCACUCUCUACUCCUAGUAAAGCAGAUUUGAAGUCCGUCUUUGAGCUCCUUUCAAAUGCAGUGGCGAAAGUACCGAUCUCAGAAUCUGAGAGCUUGUGGCUUACGGCUUUUAAGUUCUUUGCUCACCAGAAGAAUUAUUUGAACAAGCUUGUAGAGUUGUCCAUCCUAACGGUAGCCAAAGGUAAUAAUGGGAGCGACCAUGCGUUUUCUCUCGCUUCCGCAGUGGUAAAACUUGUUCUUGAAAGAGAAGGGAGCCGUAGUGCAAGGGAGAUAUACAAGAGGUUCUUGGCUCUUCCCCGUCCGGGUCUUGCACUAUACAAAGACUGCAUUGAGAUAGAGACCAACCUUGCGUCACUAGGUGAUAAAGAUGGUCUCAGAAAUGCCAGAAAGCUUUACGAUUCUGCUGUUACAAGUUACAGUCAAGACGUGGACUUGUGGAAGGCUUACUACUCGUUGGAGACAAAGAUGGGAACGUCAGAGACGUCCAAUGGUGUGUAUUGGCGCGCGAGAAAGACAAUGAAGGAAUCUGCGGAUUUCAUAGUUGGAUCUGAUUGAAUGUAGUUUUGAUAUUAGAGGAAACACAAAUGUUGGUUUUGUGUUAUUUGAUCCAUAAGAAAUGAAUAUUGGUUUUCAAAAGGGUCAAUCAAUUGAUUCAACACAAUUAUUGAUACAAAACAGCCUCAAAGGCCUCUGGUUUAACCUUUUUCACAUGUUACGGUUGAUAAAGACUAUAUUUAAUGGUUCAAUUAAAACUUGUUUCUCAUAUCCUCUUUAUCUCGUGACGACU